AUGGAGUUUCAAGCAGGUAUAGCUCAUGUGAGUAACCGAUUACACGGUGUCCGAACUCUGCCGCCGCAGUGCCCACUCGGCCGCGGAGCUAGCUACUCGCUCGAUGCGCUUGCACUCACACAAUCUGCCGGCAGGAAACAUUCGUUCAGUCCUCAACUGGUAUCGUCUCCUGGAGUGCUGGGCGGCUCACGGUGUCCAAAUCGCAGCAGCUUCUCCAAACGGGAUCGCCAGUCCCACUGUCGGACGCAGACUGUCCUCUCUACCAUACGGCUCUCUUCUAUAGUAGUGAAGGCUCCCUCUACCUCUACCUCUACCUCUACCUCUACCCCUAACUCCACCUCUACCUCUACCUCCACCUCUACCUCUACCCCUAACUCCACCUCUACCUCUACCUCCACCUCUACCUCUACCUCCACCUCUACCUCUACCCCUAACUCCACCUCUACCUCUACCCCUAACUCCACCUCUACCUCUACCCCUAACUCCACCUCUACCUCUACCCCUAACUCCACCUCUACCUCUACCUCCACCUCUACCUCUACCCCUAACUCCACCUCUACCUCUACCUCCACCUCUACCUCUACCCCUAACUCCACCUCUACCUCUACCUCCACCUCUACCUCUACCUCCACCUCUACCUCUACCCCUAACUCCACCUCUACCUCUACCCCUAACUCCACCUCUACCUCUACCCCUAACUCCACCUCUACCUCUACCCCUAACUCCACCUCUACCUCUACCUCCACCUCUACCUCUACCCCUAACUCCACCUCUACCUCUACCUCCACCUCUACCUCUACCCCUAACUCCACCUCUACCUCUACCCCUAACUCCACCUCUACCUCUACCCCUAACUCCACCUCUACCUCUACCCCUAACUCCACCUCUACCUCUACCUCCACCUCUACCUCUACCCCUAACUCCACCUCUACCUCUACCUCCACCUCUACCUCUACCUCUACCUCCACCUCUACCUCUACCUCCACCUCUACCUCUACCCCUAACUCCACCUCUACCUCUACCCCUAACUCCACCUCUACCUCUACCCCUAACUCCACCUCUACCCCUACCCCUAACUCCACCUCUACCUCUACCUCCACCUCUACCUCUACCCCUAACUCCACCUCUACCUCUACCUCCACCUCUACCUCUACCCCUAACUCCACCUCUACCUCUACCCCUAACUCCACCUCUACCUCUACCCCUAACUCCACCUCUACCCCUACCCCUAACUCCACCUCUACCUCUACCUCCACCUCUACCUCUACCCCUAACUCCACCUCUACCUCUACCUCCACCUCUACCUCUACCCCUAACUCCACCUCUACCUCUACCCCUAACUCCACCUCUACUUCUACCUCCACCUCUACCUCUACCCCUAACUCCACCUCUACCUCUACCCCUAACUCCACCUCUACCUCUACCUCCACCUCUACCUCUACCCCUAACUCCACCUCUACCUCUACCUCCACCUCUACCUCUACCCCUAACUCCACCUCUACCUCUACCUCCACCUCUACCUCUACCCCUAACUCCACCUCUACCUCUACCCCUAACACCACCUCUACCUCUACCUCUACCUCCACCUCUACCUCAACCUCCUCUGUCUCAAAGAAAUUUGAAAAUAAGGGAAGCAAAACAAAGGUUCCAGGACGACCUGCCGCUGUCAGUCUACUGUUAGCACUCAUAUGCUACUGA